AUGCCAAAAAUUGAGGAUGCCGUCAAAGGAGGUGGCGAGAAGGCGAAGAAGAAAGGAUACGAUGAUGUGGAGAUCGAUCUCGACGACGACGACGACAAGAAGACCGCCGGCAAAUCCAAGAAAUCUGAGAAGAAGGAGGCCAGCAAAAAGCAAGACGGCAGCAAGAAGAGCGGCAAACAGGAGAAGGAGGCCAAGCCGGCUGCCCCUGCCGAACCUGCUGCGGCUGCUGCUGCUGCUCAACCACCAGCUGCUGCCGCCGCCGCGCCUCCCCCUCCAUCCGAGAAGCCAAAAGCGGCGGAGGCGCCGCGUGCCGUCCCGUCGGGAGCGGCGGGCGGCGCGUCGGCGGUGAAGCCCGUCUCCCAAGCCGCUGCCGCCCCACCACCACAAGAGAAUGCUGCUGGGACGCCGGAAGCGUCGGUGGCCGCGACGCCGCAAUCCGCGAAAAAGGAGAAGAACUGCUGCCGGAUGAUG